AUGGAGUCAAAACCAGAGAUACUUUGCCGUGUUUGUGGAGAUAAAGCUUCAGGCAAACACUAUGGCGUUCCUUCCUGUGAUGGCUGCAGAGGGUUCUUCAAACGAAGCAUACGACGAAAUUUAGACUACGUUUGCAAAGAAAACGGACGAUGCGUGGUGGAUGUCAAUCGAAGAAACCAAUGCCAAGCGUGUCGCUUCUCAAAAUGUCUCCGCGUGAAUAUGAAGAAAGACGCUGUCCAACACGAACGAGCUCCAAGGCCUAUAACCGAUCAACAGCAACUGGCACUACAAAAACUGGGCUACGGUUUCUCGCGACAACCAUUCCCGAAUUCUACUCUCGUUUCCCCUUACACCAAUUUCCCUUACACAUUACCCGAACGGCGAAUGCAAUUUCUGGAUUCAUUCCAAGAUUUCUCAAACAUUGACGGUCUCUCGGAUAUGCCACUUACUUCACUUGUAACACCUCCAUUGACACCUGUGAAUCCUUUUAAAGUACCGAUAUUCCCAGGUUCCUUCCACUACUCCAUGUCACAUCCCAGAUAUUUAUCGAGCAAUAUUUUCUAUCCCCCAUCUAUGACGGAAAGUCUACAUACUUGGGAAUCUAUGCAGAUACUGACGAUAAAAAAAUUAUUAGAAGGAAAUCAACAAAGCACCACCAAAAAUUUCGAUCGACAAGACAAAGCACAAUACGACCAAAAUUUGGACACAGAUAAAAAUAUAACCACAGAUGAGAAAACCGUAAGACAAGCUGAGAGUACAGUAAAAAGUUUCGCUACCUACGGACCAAUUUGUUCGUUCAAUAUAAACACAGAAGAUAUGUACGCACCGGCAGCAGAGCUCCUAGUUGCAACUGUCAAAUGGCUCCACAGUAUAUCACCCUUCCGACAAAUGUCCUUUAAGGAGCAGACCUGUCUUCUACUGUGUAAUUGGAAAGAGCUUUUUAUAUUAACAGCCGCUCAGUAUUCCUUCUCUUUUGAUGAAGAUCACAUCUCACCAACAAUGCUUGCCAAAAGGUCAAACAUUAAAGACGAAAUCAAGAAGAUAACUUUCUUAUUAAAGAAAAUAAUGCGAAGCCGACUCGACAAGCUGGACUAUGACUGUCUAAAAUCGGCACUUCUUUUUCGAGCAGAUUGCUCUAUACCAAACGCCGAAGUUCUUCAGGAGCAAGCUCUGACCCAUCUUCAGAAGCACUGUUCGAGCAAAGAUAGUUUUCGUCUUGGAAAACUCAUGAUACUUCUACCUAAUAUAUGUCUAAUUGCGAACGAGAACUUCUUAGAAUAUCUUCUCUUCUCUUCCACCACGAUCAGUGAUAUUCAGACAAUGCUCAUUCGCAUUUUGACAUAUACAGCAAUAUGAAUCAAUUUUGUUUUGAUAUGUUAUAUGUAUAGUAUGGCUUUAAGGCCGUCGUAGAAUUUCUACGUUAGACUAGAAUUUUGAAGAUUACUUCUGUAUGCUGGAGAUGGUGAAAAUCAACAUUAUUUAGACAUGCAAAAUAUCAUUGGUUGGUUUUAUUAACCAAUUUCUUAAUUUAACCAAUUUCUUUGAUUUUUAAUGAUAAUACAGAUUAA